ACUUCGAGGUUGGAGAGUGAGUUGGAGGCGAGCACACAAUCGGAAAAUUCCAUGGAUUCAGCGGUUACACGAACUUCGAACCACGGGAAAUUCGAGUUUUUCAAAAUUAAACUUACUCGACCGGAAUUGUUAGUCAUUCUCAUCAUUGCCCUUGCGCUUUCACUUGUGGUCAACAUCGCACUCAGUAUCCGUUGUGCGCUUACCAAAACCUAUAUCGAUCAUAUGUUUCAAGGGAAACUGAAUCCGUGCCUAGAAAGUGUUCUAUGUCUCCGACGUCAGCGAAAACCUAGCAGUGCAAGUCGACCGGGAGUCUUGUUUGGAUCCUUGACCAAUGGAGCCACAUCACGUGGUGACUUGUCAUGCGCGAUGCUUGCAUCCCAUUACGGCCGGGUUGGUUUGGAUCACCCGAAUAGUGGCAACCACUCCGCAGAUGCGAUGCUCUUUUUUCCAAAUACGUCUACGAAUGGGAAAAAUGGAACUGGAGCUGCGGUGAAUCUCCCUUCGUCCAUGUUACAUACACGAGGCCAUGGGAAAAACGGCGGCCUCGGUGUGUCUACACUCUCCGGACCAAACUAUGUUAGUUUCGGUCCCCUCGGGACCAGUAUGCUUGUAUCGCCGAGUCCAGCACAACUCACUACCACCACCAGUCCCGAGCACGGAACCGGUGGCGGUUUCGGAAAUAAAAAUGGAAUUUGUGCAACCAACGGAAGUUUGACAAACUCGAUUGUUCUGACAAACGAUUCGCUGAGUUAUACUGACGCAAUGGGUAGCAACGGGCCGUCCUACUUGGUGAUUAAUUCAAAUACGCAGUCACCGAUUGGACGAAAACCUUUCUCUAACGAUGAUUCCAUUCGUCUUUCUUCGCCUUAUUUCUUUUCACACUCAGAUGCGAAGCGUAUAACGAUUUGUGGUCAGCAGGAGAAGUCCCAACAACAACAACAACAGCAGGAGCAACAGCAAGUGCUUCGCCAACAACAACCGGCACCACAAACCCAUUCAAAUGGUGCAGAGACAGUCGAUUGUGGGUACGAGGAUUCCAGCAGUUCCGUACCCGGCUCAAAUCUAUUUCCUUCAAGCAUGACUCCUUUACUAGUUCGGUUACCUUCAGGCGAAGCUGGAUAUCUGUUGUGCCCAAGAAGGCAAGACAGUGUGGAUCGAGAAUUCACCACCAACAGUUUACCGAAGAGCUGUCGAAAUCAAAUUACCGGAGGGAGCUUUUACUCCAACAACAGUCGUACAGGGCCUGGAUCGAUGAGACACAAAACAAAUAGCACUUUACUGACAUCAGUCGACACAGAUUCGGACUCAAGGCAAAAUGAUAUACAUCGGUUUUUCCCGUUCUCCCGGCAACGCCAAGCGGAUCAUUCGCUAGAACAGAACCAUUCAAUCGAUCAUCACCACGUCUCAAUUCUUCAUGGAAACCAGGCUGGAAGUCCGUUGGGGUCAGAAACCGGACGAGCCAUGGAGCUAAUUAUAUCUCGAGCCAUUGGAGAUGAAUUUAAGUGUCCUUCUGAUGAUGCGGGAACUACAGCUACGAAUAACUCUCUUAUCACUAUUGACAGAUCAAACUCCGAAGCUGAUAGCAUGCAGAACACUUCACAACUAGAGUUUCGGCAUGUCACGCAAAGUCCACAAAAGAUUAUUAACGUUACACAGGAGCCUACAAAAAUGCAGUUGAAUCUAAUUUCAGAAAGACUGAAAGGAUUUGGUGCUGAGUCAACGCCGUCUUCUGCGUUUAAAAUGACAAACGGCCAAAUGGACAGUGGACUCAGUCAGUCGAGUUCGAACUGA